GGAGUGUAAGUGAAAAUGUACAAGUCGAAGUUGCAAGAGUUGUGUCAACGGAGACAGUGGAGAUUGCCUCGCUACUCUUUCACGAAAGCCGGUCCACCACAUAAUCCAAGCUUUAAGGGUUCUGUUUCUGUCAAUGGUGUUACCUUUACUUCUUCUAAUACUUUCAAUUCCUCCAAAGAAGCUCAUAACCAUGCUGCUAUGAAAGCUUUCCUCGACUUUUCUUCUCCUCCAUCGGGCUCUUCAAUACCAAACAAUAAAUAUGGUCCAGAUCCAAAAGAGAAAGUUGAAGCUGCAAAACCUCAAGAGACUCAAGUUCCACCACAAUCUCGAGUUAUUUUAACCGAUAUGGAUCGUUCGAGCAAACUUCAGCAGCAAAACAAUACUCGAAAGAACGAUCUUGAUCCACCUGUUUUUACAAUUAAAGCUGAGGGGCCACCUCAUGACAUUCACCAUAAGGCUAUUGUUGUUAUUGAUGGAAAAUCAUUUGAAAUCCCAACAUUUUUCAACACUAGAAAAGAGGCAGAGGAAGGUGCUACAAAAAUUGUUGACAUGUUUCAGCAGUAUGGUUACAAAGUAGAAACAAUCCUCACUUUACAAGCUGGUGGUUCUGUAGAAUUGAGUAAAGCUGAACUCUCAAUUCCAAGAAGACUAAUAGUAUAUCCAUUGUGUUUGAAGGAGGAAUCUUUUCCAUUCAAGAGUUUGCUGCUGGAAUUGACAGAGAGAGAAGGUUUUUCCAAUCCAACAUAUAAAACUACACAGAUUGGUUCUCCUCAUAUGCCAAACUUUUUCUCAACUGUGGAAGUACAGGGCUUGGAAUUUCAUGGAAAGGCAUCUAGAUCCAAAAAACAGGCAGAACAUGAUGCUGCACAGAUUGCUUACAUUGCCCUAAAAGAGUGUGGACUUCAAAUGUAUGCUUCUUUUUCUUCCCCUGCCAAAGAAAAUGAAGCAGAAAAAUCACCUCUUGAAUCAGACAUUGUUAAAUCCAUACAGAAACUCAACCCUGAAGAUGAAGUUUUGGUGGAUAAGGAGAUAUUACCUACUAAUAUCAAAAUGAACAAAGACAUGCCAAAUGAAUCUUUUCCAGUUCCCCCUAACAAAAAAAUGAAGACGAGUAACAUGUGUCCUUCAUCUUCGCCUACAGAACGUCUUUGUGCUAAAAUUUCUGAGUCCAAAACAAGUAGUUACCAACUUUGUGACAGGCUCAAGGUGUAUACAAGUUAUCCAGAUAUUGUAUUCCCUAAGGGGAUUACAGUUUUACCUAUUGCUGAGGAUAAAUGGGUUGCAGUGAGUCUUGAAUUUCCAAAUGAGAAAGACUUUUGAUUCUUGUGAAACAAGUUUCAUAUAUGACUUUGCUUUAAAGUAUUAUUACAAAACUUGAUGUUUAAUGUAUAUGUUGCUUUCAAGUAAAACUCUAGAU